GGAUUGUUCUCCGCCCCGCCCACCGGGUCUGAAGACAACAGCGCUCUCGGGUUUCCCUUAUAUAUAUUGCUUUUUCGCAGAAGCCUGUUUCUUAGUUUCGCGGGCAGCUCAGUCUCCACCCUGCUGUUUGACUGGCGGAAGGCUACACUACACGUUCCCUCUCGAAGACUUAGGAAUCACUGCGCGAGGCGGUUUACAUUACAAAAAACUAGAGGACGCCAUUUUGUGAAAAGCAUUCAGCGGCUCGCUAUCGGAGAGAAGCAGUAGCUACUGUCGGGACAUAUUUCCAGUUUUCUCUUUAAGUCGAUUCACUUUAAAGCCGUCAAGCUGGAGAUGUCAGGAGGUGGCGUGAUCAGGGGGCCGGCGGGCAACAACGAUUGCCGCAUUUAUGUGGGAAAUUUGCCUCCUGACAUCCGAACCAAGGACAUAGAGGACGUGUUCUAUAAGUACGGCGCCAUCCGGGACAUCGAUCUGAAGAACAGACGAGGCGGCCCUCCCUUCGCCUUUGUAGAGUUUGAAGACCCCAGAGAUGCAGAAGAUGCUGUGUAUGGACGUGACGGAUAUGAUUAUGAUGGCUACCGACUGCGAGUUGAAUUUCCACGAAGUGGUCGAGGGGCAGGAGGACGUGGUGGUGGAGGCGGAGGAGGCGGUGGUGGUGGCGGCGGUGGCGGAGGAGGCGGUGGUGGUGUUGGGGGAGCACCCCGUGGAAGAUAUGGGCCUCCAUCCAGGCGCUCGGAGUACAGAGUAGUAGUAUCAGGACUGCCUCCUAGUGGAAGCUGGCAGGAUCUAAAGGAUCACAUGCGUGAGGCAGGUGAUGUAUGUUAUGCAGAUGUUUACCGGGAUGGUACAGGCGUCGUGGAGUUUGUGCGAAAAGAAGAUAUGACCUAUGCUGUACGGAAACUGGAUAACACUAAAUUUAGGUCACAUGAGGGAGAAACUGCCUACAUUCGGGUAAAAGUUGAUGGUCCAAGAAGCCCAAGCUAUGGAAGAUCGCGUUCUCGCAGUCGUAGUCGUAGCAGGAGCCGUAGUAGAAGCAACAGUCGCAGCCGCAGCUACUCUCCAAGAAGAAGCCGUGGAUCCCCUCGCUAUUCUCCCCGCCACAGCAGAUCCCGUUCACACAUAUCUGAAGAGAUGGAUUAAAGGAUAAUGGAGGACAUUUCAAUCAUUUUAGGAUUGUCAAAUGGAGGCUUGAGGAGGAUCAAAUCAAAUAUGGAGGCCAUGGUAUGACUCCAAGUGCUAUUGUGAGAUGAUAUUGGCAGUAUUGAAGUUAUGCUAUAGUUAAGACCAAUUCAAGCAGCCAAAUGUGCUUUGCUUUUGUAACUUGAUGUCAAUUGUGUUUGCAAGCGAAUGUGCCACAAUACUUGUUUUGUGGACUUGCUAACUUUUAAGUAUAAUAUCAGUACUGCUAACUCUGCAUGUCCUCUUUGUGACUGGUAAUUGCUAUUUUUUUAAUGUCAAUUAAAAUACAUUUCAAACUGUGUAGAUUACUAUAAAUUGGCAGAUGUUGAUUCAGUGUCCCACCUUACUAUUUGUGUAAUACAAAUCUGUAGGUGGCACUCUGAUUCUUUCUAUGCUUUAUUUGAGCACUCCUAUUUCUUUUAUUGAUCCAUUAUUUAACACUAUAUAGUUCAGUUUGCUAAACAAAGAAUACAACUGGUCUUGUGUAAAGAGAACCAGUAUCUUAGAAGUUUCAGGUGCUUAUUAGAACUAGAGACUUUUUUUUUUUUUUUCCUCAAACUGUCUCCAAACUCCAAGUCUCAUGUUCUUUCAGGCAAUAGAAACUUUUGUCUGUAUAAUCUUUAUAUAAUGCAACCUGUUCUUUGCUUUCUUUUUAAAGGGGUAGUCCAGUCAUAAUGCAGUAAUAACAAAAAACUGUAAUCUUGCAUGGUUAGUAAUAUGCUGUAGCUUUUGAAGGCACAAAUCUACUACCUGAACAGGUUAGGUCCAAAGGGCUUCUUGACUCUCCUUCCUUACCACACAUUGUAUUACAUGUAGAAUAUAAGGCAGUGUUUCCCAAACUGGGAGCCUCUAGCUGUUUCUCAAGCACCGACCUAAAGACCCCCAACUGGUCCUGCUUUCAGAAUUUCCUUAGUCUUGUACAGGUGAUAUGACUGUGGUGAUGCCUGAUUCACUGACCAUAUUUAGAUCACCUGUGAAAGACUAAGGAAAUCCAGAAAAGUGGGUGUGUCUUGAGGAAUGCGCUUGAAAAAACACUUCUAGCUUUUGCUCAAAUACUACUCCCAACAUUUCGAGACAGCCAAAGGCUGUCGAGGCAUUCUGGGAGUUUAUAGUUAAACUAAAGGUUCCCAGUCUGGUAAACAUUGGUAUGAGUUGUGGUUGGUGUUUGAUAUGAUAUGACUUCUGUCUAACUUUUCUGGAUUCGCGCAUGCACAUUUUGGAAAGUAAACUGGGCCAUAUAAGAACACCCUGAAUGCUUUAGACAUGCAGCAAGCUAACAAAUACCUCACUUACAAAAUACAAGAAUUAGUUAGAAUUAACUCAAAAUGUUAGGACAUUAUUAAAGGAAUACUCCACCCAUACACAUCUUAUCCCCUAUCCAAAGGACCAAAACACCCCCAUUUCUCAGCUGCUCAGAGCGAGGAUCCCUGUGGCUGAUGACAUGCAAUGCAGGGGACGGAGAAUUGGAAUGCCAUGGUCAGCCCCCCCUUGUGACUUCACACCCUGCCCACUCAAUGAAAGUCUGAUAUGUUGUGGUGGCUACCACUCCCCCCUCACAUAGACUUGCAUUGAGGGGGCAGGGCAUGGUGUCAUGAGGGGCAGGCCGUGACAUUGCGAUUCUCCGUCCCCUGCAUCGCCCGUCAUCAGCCAAAGAGUGAUCCUCACUCUGUGCAGCUCAGAAAUGGGAGUGCUGCAGGAGAGAUCGCGGGGGUCCCCAGCAGUGGGACCCCCACGAUCGGACAUCUUAUCCCUAUCCAAAGGAAGGGAUAAGAUGUCUAGGGUUGGAGUACCCCUCUUAAACUUCUUCACUUGCUCCAGGAUGACUGCUUGUCUCAAUAUAUGGUCCUCACAAGUUACUCUUAGAACAGAGCAGGGCUGUGUGGCGUUAGGAAGCAGUCACUGUCCAUGGAUAGGGCACCGAUACCGGAGCCACAAGGGGAGCGGUGGUGGUUUUUCUAGGCAGCCUAGGUGCUAACAAAUUGCAGAAUUCCACUGGAUAAUCCCUUUUGACAUUAAUUCCUUCAUUAAAUAUGAGGUGGGGAUUGGGGAAGUAAAGAAAUAAACUGUCUUAGAUGGUUUCACUUUUACAUUUUAGGCUCAUGAUUGCUACUUUUUAAUCUAGUGCUAAGUAAAAUUUAUGCUAAACUGGACUUUCCCUUUAAAUAUAAAAGGGAGGAGCAACAGGUUGACAAUAGAUUAUGCAAACACUUACUAAGGUUUUUUUUUUUUUUUCUUUUUUCCUUCUAUAUUCAGCUCUACCUAUAGUUAAGUGUUGAUAGUUUCUGAAAGGGCAGAAAAGCUGCCGCAUGUCCUGGUCCUGCCACAAUGUGAUGCUGUUAGGAUCAUAAGCAUGUGGUUGGGCCAGGACAAUGAGGCAUUACAUUUUCCAAUGGCUGCUUUUGGUUGAAAAGUUGCUGAUCCUUUAAAUGGACUUUGUCAGCUACAACUUUUUAUGUUGUACAUCUUGGCAAAACAAAGGGAUACUCUGGCCCUAAGGCAUCUUAUCCCCUGUCCAAAGGAUAGGGAAUAAGAUGCCUGAUCGCAGGGGUCCACUGCUGGGAACCCCGCAAUCUUUCAUGCAGCAUCCUGCUAUAAUUGGCAUCUGGAGCAAAAAUCGCUCCGGGUCUGAAGCACAAUCACGGGGCCGGAGUAUUGUGAGGUCACACUCCAGCCCCUCAAUGCAAGCCUAUGGGAGGGGAGGCAUGAUGGCUGCCACACCCCCUCCCAUAGGCUUGCAUUGAGGUGGCGUGUGAUGUCACAUGGGGGUGGAUCCAUGAUGUCACAAUACUCCGGCCCUUUUGAUCGUGAUUCAUCAGACCUGAAGCGAUUGCUCUGGAGGCUGAUGAUAGCUGGGUGCUGCAUGAAAGAUUGUGGGGGUCCUCCACAAUCAGGCAUUUUAUCCCCCUGUCAUUAUGGAUAGGGGAUCAGAUGUCUUAGUGCCGGAGUACCCCUAAAACCUUGUUAAUAUAAUUCAUGAGAAUUUAAAUAUUUAUAAAAAUUGUGGCUUUAGCCAAGCUGAAGCACAGACAUGGACAAUGUCCAGUAAGUGAGGGUGGGCUAGCACUUCUCUGUGUUCUCUCCUGUCUGAUAGGACUCCUCUGCUCUCUCCUGUCCUAUUAGACAGAGCACAAGUGCUAGCGCACCCUCACUUAAUGGAUUUUCCAUGCCUGUGCAUCAGCUUGGACAAAGCCAUGAUUUUAGAAGUCCUUUUUAGAACAAUGAAAUGUUCUCAGAAGUAUAUUAGAAAGGUUGUUCUCAAAGAUGUACAACAUGAAGUAUUUUUUUUUUUUUUCUGACAGUGGCCAUUUAGGCUGUGGCUUACAAAGAAUGAGCUAGUGUUGCACUUUCUUUCUAAGCCUGUAUAAGGCAUCUUGUAAAAUUCUUAAUGCCCUUUUUUAAUUUAAAACACAAAACAAGUCAUUAGUUUUGCUUUGGGAAUGUAUUGGUUAUUUGUGCAAAUUUUUUUUAUACUACUAAAACAUGCACAUAUAACUGCUCAGUUCCCAGAAACUUUUGUUAAUAUCUAACUCUGCCUCUUUUCUUGGUUUUGCUGGUUGUAAAGGUUUGGAUUGGAGAUGGCUCACUGGAUCCCAAUCCUGGAGCUGGAUCAUUGGAUUCAAAUCAUAGGAAGGAGUGAAUAGGAUAGGGAGAAUGCAUUACCAGGAUUCAUGGAGCGGGAUCAGAUAACAAGAACAUAGGAGUGGAUUCCUGCCCCAUCUAAACCGCAUUCAUGUGGAAUUUUUUAUUUUUUUUUUAAUCCUCAAUUGGCUAUUUCAUAGUUUCAUUUUUUAUUUUUGGAAGCGCUUAGAAUACAAGGAGUACAAUUUUUUUUUUUUUUUGUUUAAAAAAAAAAAUGAAAGAGGAUGCCAGAGGCAAGAUGGAGCCAACUUCUGGGAAGGAUACAUCACGAAUAGAUGGUAAUAAGGGAUUUGGGGGUGGGGGGGGUUUGAAAUUUGGUACAAUGUCUCUAAAUUUGAAUUAUAGGUGUUCGCUUUAUUUUUUUAUAACUUUUCUUUUUCUAAUAGCAUUUCAACUGGCUUUUGAGGAUUGUAUGCAAAUAUUCAAUAA